AGCCUGCACACAAACCAGUCUCUAACAGAUCUUUCAGAAUCACUUGCAAAAACCACUUGGAAAAAAUCAUCAAACAUCAAAAGGGUCUGUCUCAUCAGUUCUCAGAAAAAAAAUCAACAAAUGGGUGCUAGUAUCACUCUAGGCAGCACCAAUUCUUCAGUGUCCCAAUCCCAUUACCACACUCACAGGGUUUUCUUGUUUUGCAACUACAUUCUACUUGGAGCAGCCUCUAGCUGCAUCUUCUUAACCCUUUCGCUUCGCCUGGUACCUUCAAUAUGUGGCUUCUUUCUCAUUCUCCUUCAUGUCUUCACCAUUGCUGGGGCAGUUUCAGGCUGUGCUGCAGCGUCAUCCGGGACUAAUAGGUGGUAUGCUGCACAUAUGGUGGCCACAGUGUUGACAGCCAUAUUUCAAGGGUCAGUAUCGGUUUUGAUUUUUACUAGAACUGGGGAUUUCCUAGGGAACUUGAAGUCAUACGUGAGGGAGGAGGAUGGUGACGUCAUAUUGAAGCUUGCUGGUGGGUUGUGUGUGGUGAUCUUUUGCUUGGAGUGGGUCGUGCUUACUCUUGCAUUUUUCUUGAAGUACUAUGCUUAUGUGGAAGGUGAUGCUAAUAAUGGUGGCGAUAUUGCUAUGAGGAGGAGUGCUAAGGUGCAGCAAGACGAGGACUUGAAAGAUUGGCCAUGGCCUUUCCAAGUUUAAUUAAUUUGGGUUUGGAUUUGCUGGAUGGUUUCUUCAAGUACUAUGUUCGUGGUGCUGCUGCCACAAAAUUCUUUAUUUGUUCAUUCAACUAUACAAGUAUCAUCUUUUUGGAUAUUGUUUGAAUUGGCUUUUUAUGGAUAUAUACAUAUAAUGGAUUGUGCUUAAAUUCAUUUGUUUUGUACCACUGGUUGAUGGAACGAUGGUUAUCACGGGUGCUGUAAAUCUGAAUUUCACUCUUUUACUAAUAAAAAUUUGAACUCUUUUAUUA